UAUUUAAUUAAUUUCAACACCAUAUUCACUUCACAUACAUAUAGCCGCCUCACUCAUAAACCCUAAUCUGUAGCAUAACCCCUCUCUUCCUCUUCUUCAACCUCCAUCUCAACCGCAACCAUGCCGAAAAGAAGCAAAAAGAGUAAAAGCAAGAGAGUAACCUUAAAACAGAAGCACAAGGUCAUAAAGAAAGUUAAAGACCACCACAAGAAGAAGGCCAAAGAGGCCAAAAAGUUAGGCUUGAACAAGAAACCCAGGGCUGAAAAAGAUCCUGGUAUCCCUAACGACUGGCCGUUCAAGGAGCAGGAGCUUAAGGCGCUUGAGGCGCGUAGGGCCAAGGCGCUUGAGGCGAUUGAGCAGAAGAAGGCUGAGAAGAAAGAGCGGGCGAAAAAGAGGAAGUUGGGUCUAUUAGACGAUGAUGGUGAUGACAUCACCAAUCUUGCCGAGCAGGUUUCUGCAAAAGAACAUGAAUUAGGACAGAAAAAGACGGUCGGUAAUUCCACUGCUACAGAGAGGACAUUUUACAAGGAGUUGACCAAAGUUAUCGAAGCAUCAGAUGUCAUUUUGGAAGUUCUUGAUGCUCGGGAUCCCCUUGGGACCCGCUGUCCCGAUUUGGAAAAGAUGGUACUAAAAGCUGGCCCUGAAAAACAUCUCGUGUUGCUCCUCAAUAAAAUAGAUCUCGUUCCUCGUGAAGCUGCCGAAAAGUGGUUAAAGUAUCUUAGGGAGGAGUUACCAGCAGUUGCUUUUAAGUGUAGCACUCAACAACAGAAAUCUAAUCUCGGCUGGAAAUCCGCAAAGGCUGCAAAAAAGACGAGCACUCUUUUGCAAACAAGCGACUGUUUAGGAGCAGAAACUCUUUUAAAGCUGCUGAAAAAUUAUUCAAGAAGUCACGAGAUUAAAAAAUCGAUUACGGUUGGUGUAGUGGGGCUGCCUAAUGUAGGCAAGAGCAGUUUAAUAAACAGCUUAAAGAGGUGCCAUGUUGUCAAUGCGGGGGCUACACCGGGUCUCACAAAAACCAUGCAAGAAGUUCAGUUAGACAGGAGUGUUAAAUUACUAGACUGCCCUGGUGUUGUUAUGCUUAAAUCCGGUGAGAACGAUGCCGCUGUAACCCUUAAAAAUUGCGUUAGAAUCGAGAAGCUGCAGGACCCCAUUUCUCCAGUGAAGGAAAUUCUCAAGUUAUGUCCCGCAGAAACGUUGGUAACUUUAUACAAGAUUCCUACUUUUAAUUCGGACGAUGACUUCCUUUCCAAGGUAGCUACUGUCAGAGGUAAGCUUAAAAAGGGCGGCGUUUUGGACACCGAUGCUGCCGCAAGAAUCGUUUUGCAUGAUUGGAAUGAAGGUAAAAUUGAAUACUAUACAAUGCCUCCAACUAGGAAUGAAGGAGAGAAUACGAAGGCAAAAAUUGUAUCGGAGCUAGGAAAGGAGUUUAAUGUGGAUGAAAUAUACGGCACUGAAUCGUCAUAUAUUGGUAGUCUUAAAUCGGUGAACGAUUUUACUCCUGUUGAGAUUCCGCCAAGUGCCCCUCUCGCUCUUGACCAGUCAAUGCUCAAGGACGAUACAACUCCAGUGGAAAAGAACACGGAAGAUGAAGACAUGGCCGAAGGUGAAAAUGCACCGGAAACAGAAAAUGAUAAGACCGAUGCUGUUGAAGGUGAAGUUGUUCUUACCACCAAACAAAAGAAACAAAAAAAAGCCAAGAAAUCCACUCCGAUGGAAGAAGAUGAGUCGAAUGAUUAUGAUUUUAAGGUUGAUUAUGUGAAAAAGGAAUCUGAACCAAAGGGUGAUGAUGGUGACGACGAAGAUGGCAAUGAUGAUGGCGAUGACAAAGGUGGCGAUGCGGAUGAUGGUGAAGCUACUGAUCAAACACAGGCCGCCUAGCAGUAUUUUGAAAUUUUGACAUUGAGGUUCAACUUGGGAAAUCUUGUCGUGUAUCCAUCCGUGAGAACUGAACUGAACGUUGUUUGGACGAGGUUAUACUUAUAAUUUUUACAUUUGUAUGUUCUGGUAUAAUCUCUACUGUUUAGUAUAAGGUUUUAGAUUCAUGUCAGUAAUGAACAACUAAAGAAUGCAUAAUCGAACGGUAA